AAAAUUUUUUUUAAAUUUCGAACUGGUCAAAUGGCCCGAGAAAUGUUAGAACGGUGGGAGGAGCUUAGUUUUUUGGUUAAAAAUAAGGAAGGUGGAGGGGAGGAGGAGGAGGAAGCGGGUUUUCAACACCAACCCCACUUUGUGUGUGUGUGUGUCUCCUUUCCGUGGAUGCUCGACUCCGACGUCGUUCUCACACAUUUGCGUCGGCGGGAAAAACUUUUUCUUUUUCUUUUUUUAUUAUGUCUUUCUUUUUAUUUGAUAUUUAUUUCGACUCUCCUUGUUGUUGUGUUCCCAUCAGUUGGUUUUUUUCUUUCUUCUAUUUUUACCUUUUGCGGAAGGAGCUUCUUCUCCUUCAAUCCAUCGUCCCGCGUGUUACCGCACAAACACGUGUGUGACGUCAUUUCAAAUGGUAUGGUGGGGGGAUAUCUUUGUUGUUUCUUCCUUUUUGGCUACGCCACUUGUUGCCGAACGAAGUAAGACUCGAAAAAGAACGUCGACUAAAUUUUUGGUUUUUUCCCACGUUAUGCUCGCGUUACAACUUCCCCUUUAGCUCCGGCAUCUCCAUGUCUGUCUUUUUUUUUAAAGGGAGUGAGGGGGUCAUUAUUCAGUUUUAUGCGGAUGAACCCCCCUGCUCUACACUACACCAAAUGACACGCCCUUGAUGUGUUUGAACCCGACGACAAAUUAAUGGGAAUUUCAGCGCAUCUCUUGAAAUUUUUAUUUUUCAAUUGGGAUGUAGGCCCAAAUUCCUUCCCCCCCCGAUAAAAUAAUUAGACGUUUGAUUCAUCGGAUUCCCCCACAGAUCCCCCAUGGUGUGUGCAUAUUCAUUUACCACCCGUAUUUAUUAAUUUGAAUAAUUCAGUUCGAUCAAAUUGGAAUUGAAUUGAAAUAGGAAAAAAUCAGUUGGGGGACUUUUUGGAUCAAAGGGAUUAUUACGUGGAGCAGAUUGCUGUGUAAAUCUAUUGGAGUCUAUUUAAAAAGUUGUACAACAAAAGACAGACCUCCCCCACCCGAUGACGCUUUCAACUCCCCCCUCCUUCCUCUUGUGUGUCCGUUUUGCUGGGGGUAGUAGGAGGAGGAGGAGGUACAGCUGCACACAUAGUGUGUCUGUGUGCUCGGGACCUACCCUCCUCCCCCUAUACACUCCACCCUAGGUGAAAAGGGGGCAGCCGCCGCCGCCGUCGUCGUCGUUGGGUAGAAAAUGUUCAGUUUAGUUGCACGACGGUUGGACUGGAAUCAGCACGCGCCCAGUGGCCGUCCUUGUCUCGUAACAUCCGUCGAUCUCAACGGAAUUUGGUUUAUCUCGUCGCCUAGUGUUUUUCGGUUUAUCCAGUGAAUUUGGUUUUGGACACAUGUGACGCUUUUUAGCCAUUGACAAUCGUCAACAUUUUUCGCAGUGAAAUAUUGGAACGAAGUUUUAAUAAAAGAAAUUUGGACAAAAUGCCCGACGUUGCGCCCAGCUCAAUGGACCUCGACUCGGAGCCCUACACACCCAGCGCACGUAGUCCGCUCGCCGAUACUUGGGCCCAUUACGGGUUCAGUUUAAGUGGCGGUUACGAGGCCCAGCACAGCCGCGAGUCUGUGGAUUUGAUCGGCGGAGUCAACAACAGUGUGGCCGUGACAUCGGUGGCCGGAACGGUCGGCUCAUCCGGUUCGACAGUCGUCGGCGUGGGACACGGAAGCGGCGGCGAGGUGGACGUUUGGUCCAAUUCGCACGAUCCUUAUUCGCCCCACAAUCACCACCACCAUCAGCAGCAGCAGCAGCAACAACAACAUCACCACCAGCAUCAUCACCAGCAACAACAACAUGCCGCUUAUUACGGACAGUCUGUGGGUGGAGGGCAGGUGAUGACGGAAUUGCUGACAGCUACUCAUCCGCCGUCUUCUUACAACCUCAACCAGCCUCAACAACAACAACAGCAGCAACAACAACAACAACAACCGUUCACGCCUACCGAGCAGCACCCGGUCGAUUUGUCGAAUUCUCAGCAACGACCUCCCAAUCCGGCCGUUUCAGCCGCCACUUCGGCCGCCUUCUACGGUCUCUCGGCCGCCGACUACAACAGCCCCGCAACCUCGUCCAGUCAACGUCAGCGCGGAGGCAACGACACCUACAAACCCAACGGGCUCAGCCUCUCGCUGGGCAUCCCCGAUUCCGUUGUCGGAGCGGGCGGAUUGAUUCCGGGCUCUUUGACUCCACCGGACAAGGUGGUGGGAGCAUCCGGCGAUUUGAGCGGCGGUCAUUUGCUCAAUCAGCAACAACAACAACACCAUCAUCACCAGCAGCAGCAGCAGCAGGGGGCUCAGCAACAACAACAGCAACAACAACAACAUCAUAACCCUUACGCCCUGGCGCAUCCCAGUUCGGCCAUGGCUCCGACUCUGCAGACUCCGCCGUCGCCUCUUUCGACUCCGUCGCCACCGGUGCCCAUCGAUCGAUACGGGCCGACCGGAUCGGCGUACAGGGGCGGAACCAAGGAGCAGCGGCUGACCCGUGAGGCGAUGAUGCGCUACCUGCAGGAGCACGGCGACAUGGUCGUGGUCAUCCUGCACGCUAAAGUGGCCCAGAAGUCGUACGGCAACGAGAAGCGCUUCUUCUGCCCGCCGCCGUGCAUCUACCUCUACGGCGACGGGUGGCGGAGGAGGCGCGAGGCCAUCCAGCGCGAAGCCGCCGCCAACGGGGCCUCGCCCGCAGAAGCCGAAGCCGCCUCGCAGCUCUGCGCCUUCAUCGGCAUCGGCAACUCUGAUCAGGACAUGCAGCAACUCGACCUCAACGGCAAAAGUUAUUGCGCGGCCAAGACGCUGUUCAUUUCCGACUCGGACAAGCGCAAGCAUUUCAUGCUGUCGGUGAAAAUGUUUUACGGCAACGGCCAGGAUAUCGGCGUCUUCCACAGCAAGCGGAUUAAAGUCAUUUCCAAACCGUCCAAGAAGAAGCAGUCGCUCAAGAACGCCGAUCUGUGCAUCGCCAGCGGGACCAAAGUGGCCCUGUUCAAUCGACUCCGCUCGCAAACGGUCAGCACUCGUUACCUGCACGUGGACAAUAACAAUUUUCACGCCAGUUCCACCCAAUGGGGCGCCUUCACCAUUCACUUAUUGGACGACAGCGAAUCCGAGUCGGAAGAGUUUACGGUGCGCGACGGCUACAUCCAUUACGGCAGCACGGUCAAGCUGGUGUGCAGCGUGACGGGCAUGGCCCUACCCCGGCUCAUCAUCCGCAAAGUGGACAAGCAGAUGGCCGUUUUGGACGCCGACGACCCCGUCUCGCAGCUGCACAAGUGCGCCUUCUACAUGAAAGACACGGAGCGGAUGUACCUGUGCCUCAGCCAGGAGCGCAUCAUCCAGUUCCAGGCGACGCCGUGCCCCAAGGAGCCCAACAAGGAAAUGAUCAACGACGGAGCCGCCUGGACCAUCAUCAGCACCGACAAGGCCGAGUACCAGUUCUACGAGGGCAUGGGACCCGUCCGCAGUCCCGUCACCCCUGUCCCCAUCGUCCACUCGCUACACUUGAACGGUGGCGGCGAUGUGGCCAUGUUGGAGCUGAUGGGCGAAAAUCUGACACCCAAUUUGAAAGUGUGGUUUGGCGACGUGGAGGCCGAGACCAUGUUCCGCUGUGAGGAGUCGAUGCUGUGCGUCGUGCCCGAUAUUUCAGCUUUCCGUUCCGGUUGGCAGUGGGUCCGCGGACCGACUCAGGUUCCCAUAUCUUUGGUGAGGAGUGACGGUGUCAUCUACGCCACCAGGUUGACGUUCACCUACACACCGGAGCCUGGACCGAGGCCGCAUUGCCCUCCGGCCCAGGAAGUCUUGCAGCGCGGGGUUGUAGCCGGAUCUAACAAUGCCGUCAAUCCGAUGGCACUCGGCUACGACAACCAACACAUGCAUCAUCAACAACAGCCGCAACAACAGCAACAACACCACCAGCCAAUGUGAAAUUAGAGAGGAACAAAAAAGAGAAACUUUUUGUGACGGCCCGGAAGAAAUAUUUGGUUAGUUUGUUUUUCUUUUUUUUUUUUCUCCGACACAAAACAAAAAAAACCCUACAAUUCCAAAAUGUUGUUUUGUGUCCUGGGCGUGUUGACUUAGAUUUGUUGUGUGACGAUUCUCCUUUUUAAUUUACCUGAUCGACUGAUUUCCAGUGAUAAUCGAUGUGAAACUACCGUUUAUAUCUCUCUCUCUUUUUUCUCAGCUUUGGUGGUUGGAUAUAGUAUCCAUAUAAAUUUCCUUUCUCUCUCCAAUCGAAAAAAGAUCAAGAAACAAACAAAAAAAAUAAUUAACAAAGAAAAAAGGCACACAGUUAUUAUUGGUCAAUUUUGCAAUGCGUUAAUAACCCUUCUCCACUAUCGUAUUAUAUCCAUAGUUGAAACAGAAGUUCCAUGAUACACAAUUUAGUUUUUCGUCUUGAACUUUGUCAUAAUUAACGUGACGAAAGCCGUGCUAUUCGUUGAGCGUUCCACCGUUUUUUUUUGUCAACACCCCCAUCCCUCUUUUUUACCAAAACAAUUUAUUAUUUGGAUUCGAUUAUAUUUUGGUGUGUGAUUGGAGUGCGUGUUGGGUGUGUAAGUGUAAAUGUGUGUGUCUUCUUCCUAAUCUAGUAUUUUGCUGGCGUUCUUUGGCUGCUUAAUUAUGCAAAAAGAAAAUAUCUGGAGGAGCGGCUUCGAUGUUUUGGGGGCUUUCGAAGGAUCAGAUCGAACGAGAAAACGAGCAUUUCGUUUUUGUUGUUUCGUCCAUUUUUUUUUUUUUUUUUUUUUUGUAAUACCAUUAUUAUUAUUAAUUAAUUAGAAUUAUAAUUAUUUGCAAUUUUGUUGAAUUCGUUUCACUCCGGUAUGGUCCUUAAUUAUUAUUUUUCUUUUCUUUUCUUUGACAAAAAAAAUUUGUGAAAAGAAAAGAAUUUUCCAAUUUUGUGUGGGUUUUCCUUAUUUUUUGUGAUUCCCGGGCUCGGUGAAAACGUGUGUCGUCUACCAUAAAAGAAAAAAAACGGAUUAAUGAGGAUGGGAAUGUUUAUAUCACUAUGCCCUUUCAUUUUGCGUUUCUAUUUUUUAUUUUGUGAGUCUUGAAUGCGUGUGUGUUUCCCCCCUCCCCCAUUUUCUCCACGACAAAACGAGAGGUCCAUCUUUUGUUCGUUCGUUUAUUUUGUCUCCCUCCCAUGAUUGCUAUAACUGCCUUAUAAUAAUAUGAAUAAUUAAUUAAUAACAAUUGAUUUUGUACAGUGUUGAGCGUGCUAGUUAAGUGAGAUUAUCUUCGUGCUUGCUUUCUUUUUUGCGAUGACGACGGCGAAAUGUGUCCGUGACCGUGUGCAGAGCAGGCAAUAUACAGACAGAAUGUCAAACGAC